AUGAAAAUGCAUUUCUGCAUCCCAGUGUCCCAGCAGCGGCCCGACGCGCUGGGGGGCAGCUACGUGCUGUACUCGGUGUACCUGGACGGGUUCCUGUUCUGCAAGGUGCGCUACAGCCAGCUGCAUCGCUGGAACGAACAGCUUAGGCGGGUGUUUGGAAAUUGCCUGCCACCCUUUCCACCAAAGUACUAUCUCGCAAUGACUGCAUCUAUGGCUGAUGAGAGAAGGGACCAGUUGGAACAGUAUUUGCAAAAUGUAACCAUGGACCCAAACAUGUUGAGAAGUGAUGUCUUCGUUGAUUUUUUGAAACUGGUGCAGCUGGACACAUUUAGCAUCACUACCAAGAAAGCGUCUCUGGAUAUAUUUCUGCCUGAUGGAAGGAGCAUUAAAGUCGAAAUUCUAACAUCAGAUACUGCCGAAAGAGUCCUAGAGGUGGUAUCACACAAAAUUGGACUGUGUCAGGAGCUGCUGGGAUACUUUGGACUAUUUCUCACUCGGUCUUACAAAGAGGGCAAGCUGUCUGUCAUUAAAAAAUUGGUGGACUUUGAGCUCCCUUAUGUUAGCCUUCGCACUUCUGAAGUGGAAAACUUCAAGGUCGCACUCAGGAAGUGGUACCUGGACCCAUCCCUUGACUCCAGGCUGAUGGACUGCAGAGCAGCUGUAGAUUUGAUCUACAUGCAGGCAAUACAGGACAUUGAAAAAGAAUGGGCCAAACCCACAGAGGUACAGAGGCAGAAAUUAGAGGCUCUCCAGAAAGAAGACAACCAAACUAAGUUUUUGGAGCUAUCCCAAGAGGUGUGGCACUAUGGAUAUGUGCAGCUGGAUCCCUGUACCUGUGACUACCCAGAACCCGGCUGUGGGACCGUUCUUUCUGUUGGCAAUAAUGAGAUCAGCUGCUGCAUAACCCUGCCUGAUAACCAGACCCAGGAUGUCAUUUUCCAGAUGAACAGAGUGAAGUGCUGGCAGGUCACCUUCCUUGGGACUCUGCUGGAUACAGAUGGGCCCCAGCAAACUCUCAACCAGAACUUAGAGCUCAGAUUUCAGUAUAGUGAGGAUAGUCACUGGCAGUGGUUUGUUAUUUACACCAAACAGGCUUUUUUGCUGAGUAGCUGCUUGAAAAAGAUGAUCUCAGAAAAGAUGGUAAAGCAAGCUGCAGAGAAUCCAGAAAUGCAGAUUGAAGUUCCAGAACAAGGCAAAAGUAAAAAACACCACAGUCAACAAAGCCAGAAAGACUGUUCUAGUUUUCUGCCAAGAAAAAGCAAGAUUAAAACAGCUGAAGUUGACUGUGGUUUGGGGACCAUACAGGAAGAAGGUCUUUGA